CGUUGUUUUGUUUGGGUGUGUUGGUUAAGUAAGUUGUUUGUUGUACUGUUUUUGUACUGGUACUCGACACUCACGUCACUGUAGCAUAAAAUAUAUAAACACCAUAUUAUAUAGUAAUAUAAUACCAUAUAUUUAUAUUACUUCAUCUGUUUGGAGUUGAGUGGUUGAGUGAGGCUGAGGCUAGAAGGCUAGGCCUAGGCCUAUUUUUUGCCUAUCUACAAUGUCGGAGAAUUCAAGCAAAAAUGGACAGAUGAUUUUGGCAACAGGAGGUUAUGACCAUACAAUUAAACUGUGGCAGGCCCACUCUGGAAUGUGCAGUAGAACUUUGCAGCAUGCUGAUUCUCAAGUGAAUGCUUUGGAAAUAACACCAGAUAAACAGUUGUUGGCUGCAGCAGGCCAUCAACACAUUCGGAUGUACGACCUGAGCUCUUCUAACCCCAACCCUGUUAUCAAUUAUGACGGAGUCUCCAAGAACGUCACCGGGGUUGGUUUCCAAGAGGAGGGGAAGUGGAUGUACACAGGAGGGGAGGACUGUAGUGCCAGAAUCUGGGAUUUAAGGUCUCGUAACCUGCAGUGCCAGAGGAUAUUCCAAGUGAGUGCUCCAGUCAACUGUGUCUGUCUACAUCCCAACCAAGCGGAGCUGGUAGUGGGAGACCAGAGUGGCGUUAUUCAUCUCUGGGAUCUCAAGACUGACCACAACGAACAGCUCAUCCCAGAAGCUGAGGCGUCCAUACAGUCAGUAGCUAUAGACCCGGAGGGCUCCUACAUGGCUGCUGUCAACAACAAGGGACAUUGCUACAUCUGGAGUCUGUCUGGUGGAAUGGAACAACAGACAAAACUCAACCCUAAACAGAAGAUCGAGGCUCACUCCCGCUACGCGCUCAAGUGCAAAUUCAGCCCCGACUCCACAUUGCUGGUGACCACGUCAGCUGACCAGACGGCCAGAGUGUGGAAGACUGCUGACUUCUCUCUGGUACAAGAGCUCAAGACUGAAGCCCAGAGGUGGGUUUGGGACUUGGCCUUCAGUGCUGACUCUCAAUACAUUCUGACAGCAUCCUCCGACAACUGUGCCCGACUGUGGAGUGUGGAGAAAGGGACAGUACAGAGAGAGUACACGGGACAUCAGAAAGCUGUGAUGGCGCUGGCGUUCUGUGACCAACUCGGCUCACCAGAAUCACCCUCAGGAGCUUGAAUGAUUUGUUUCUUAUACCCACCUAGUACCACUUAGUCAAUAUUGUACAUACCAUGACAUGUAUAUUUGUAAAUAAUAUCAAUGACAACAAUGUAAAUUUCAUCACCCUCAAUAAAAAUACUUU